AUGGCGACAACACUAAAGGCCACUAUCUUCAUAUUUCUUCUGCUUCUGCCAUUUUGCUACCCCAUAUCAUGGCUGUGAGUCGAGAUCUUACACGUAGAGAUAAUUCGAGUGAACUUUAAAUUAAGAUUUUUUUUUCCAAGUGGUUUUUAAAUCGAAAAAUUCUAAAGAAAACUUUUUACGUCAAUAAACCGAUGAAAGCUCAUUAAAAAUAUUGCAUUCUGGGAAAAUUUUUAGUGGCCACUAUUUGGUUUUGACGUUUUAGUGGCCACUCGAGAGGUUGAAAAAUAGGGACCACUAUAGAGGUCUAAGUGCUACUACUGGACGACUAAAAAUUUUAGGGGCUACUUUAGGGGUCAAUGGAUCAACAUAACUGGUCCAAUCUGUUUUAAAAUUAACAGAGUUACUGGAAGGAAUACCGGAUGAACAACUACUGAAGUGGUCACUAAAUAGAGAACCUCUAUAGUGGCCACUAAAACGGAAAAUAGUGGCCACUAUAGAUGUAAGUUUAGUGGCCACUUUAGUGAACUCUCCAAAUAGUCCUUGGCGCGUCUUCAUAGUGGCCACUAAUAAUUUUCCCAGUUGACAACAAAACUUCUAUGAAAAAUACUUUUCAGAGCCUUAGGACUUACCAACUCGAGGUUAGACCGGGGCCGUCCAGCUGUAACCUGCCGCAAUCUGACUGGACUCACAAGGAAGCAGACCAGGUUGGCUAUCUGAAAACUUUUUUUCGAAUUUUUUGGUUUCCAGAUUCUGCAAGAGGAAUUUCGAGCUGAUGGACAGUGUUCAGAACGCUGCUUUCAAUGCCGCCGCCGAGUGUCAGUUCCAGUUCAACAAAAGAAGGCGAGUUUUCAUUUCAACAACUUCACAAAACGAUUGGAAAAGUUUUCAAUUUUAAUAUUUUGAUUGAAAGUUCAAAAAGAAAACGGAAAACUUUGAAAAAUUCAACAGAUUCAGAAAGAGCAAUACGCUUUAGUGAGCCACGGAGCAUAGGCGAAGCUUGAAUUGAUAGAAUAAUAUUUCUAAAAACUCAACUAAAAAAGAUUAAAGGAGAUACUUUUUAAGUUCUUUUCGAACCUUUCGGCGUACUGGAAAAGUCGGUCGGUUCGGUUUAUGACGCAUAUUUUUUCAAGUUUUCGAAAUUUGAAUUGUUUUGACGGUUUUAAAGUAUCCAUUUCUUCAUUAUAUGACAAUUUUCAAAGCUAGUUUUUCAAAUUUAUGGCCAUUAUUUUUCCAAAGGUCACUUUUUAAUGAAUUUUUCCAUUUUUGCCGAAAAAAUCUCUCAAAUCUCAAUUAAUCCUAUUUCGCAUUUUGAUUUCAGAUCAAAUUAAGUUUGAAAAGGAACUUAUUGAAAAAAGGGAAAAAAAUCUCCUAUUUUGAGCCGCCAAUAUUUGGUUUUUCGAAGCCUAAAACCUAACCACAAUCGGGAAUUCAACGCAUUUCGGACACUUGAAAGAUUUAAAACUGAAGAAACUUUGAAGUUUUUCACUUUGAAAAAGUGACCGAACCGACCGACUUUUCCAGCUGUUCUUGUUUUCCAAGUCCAGAAUAUGACUUCAUUUUUAGAUGGAACUGUUCAAUAAUCGACCCGGUUUCGUUGAAAGUGGUCGGCGACGUUGUUCUUCGUCAAGGGACCCGCGAGUCGGCCUUCGUUCAUGCGAUUUCUUCGGCUGCCGUUGCCUAUCGGUGAUUCUUUAUUUCAAUCUUUGAUCACUUUUGAAUUAUCAGAGUGACUCGAGACUGUGCGAGAGGUAUGAACGACCGAUGUGGGUGUGACUACUCGAAAAACGACACAAGCGCUGUCAGUUUGAUUUAUUCAACAAAGCUUUUUUUCUAGAAAAAAAUCAGAAACCUGCGUAAAAUCAUCAUUUUUCACCAAAGAAGCAUUUUGCGAUCAAAGUUUGCGAAUUAUACAUGAAUAGAAAGUUUUUGUGACGAAAAGAACUUUGGUGACAACAGAAAAAAUUGAAAAUUGAAAUAAACGAAGAAAAAAGCGAAAAUCCUGUUGUCCAUAGAGCAACUUUACUGCAAAGCGCCCUUUUGGCGGGAACUCAAGCUUUUUCUCUCCGACUUUGAAUUAUUUUUUUUCCAAAACUAGGAAGUUCUGUACGUUUUCAAGUUUACCCUUCGAUUCACAAUGAAAAGCUCUAUAAAUGACUGCUUUGAACUGAAACGCCGUUUCUUUACUGCCCUUAUGCCUUUAAAGUUGUAAGGUUCAAGUUUCAGCAGCAUCGAUCUCAGUACCAAUACCAAGGAUGUUCGGACAACGUAAAGUAUGGAAUCGCUAUUUCUCGAGAGUUUGUCGACGCCGCCGAGCAGAAGCAGCGGCUGGCCAAUGGAACGACGAUAACGCAUCCGGAUUCCGUUAUAAAUCUGCAUAAUAACCGGGCAGGUAGACAGGUAGGACAUGACUACCGAUAUUAAAAAGAAUGAUGAGUUUGUUCAAAGGUUCUGGAAAAGGCGCUCCGAAGAGAGUGCAAAUGCCACGGCAUGAGCGGUUCCUGUGAAAUGAAAACCUGCUGGGAUUCUCUCCCGACCUUCAGGUUCUUUCUUUUUGCAUUUUCCAGUUUAGUUUCUUUUCUGUUUCAGAGAAAUCGGCCUACAAAUCAAAGACAAGUUUGAUGGCGCUUCAGAAGUUCGAGUGGUGGACGAAGAAAAGAAGGGACAAAUCGUCAUGAAGAAUUCGCAGUUCAAACGGCACACCAAUGCAGAUCUGGUCAGUUUAACUUGAUACUGAUUUUUCGAAGCAGCAGAAGUAAAAAAAAAACUUUUCUGGGAUCGGAGUCUUCGAAAGUUAAAGAGCGUUCGAAAAUGAGAGAGCGGGAGUGUUUUUUUCCUCUACGCUCUCUUGUUUACCAGUGCUAUCUAGCUUUCAGUAGCAUUGGGACUUCUGAAUGAGACCAGGUUUUAAAAGAUGUAUUUUUUAACGCUGAUUCCGAAUCUGGUCUUAAAAACCGCCUGAGAGAUCUUGAAAAAUCAAAUCUAGACUUGAGAAUCUUUUUUGAAGAAAUCGAUUUCGAAACUGGCCUUGGAAACUGCCAGAGAGGUCUUGAAAAAUCGCGGUACAGGCUCUAUUUAUCCACAAAAGUUAUGUGAGAGAAUACGAUGUUUUCGACUUUUGAGAGCCUCUAACUCUUUUCACAAAUCUCCUGUGGCAUUUUUAAGACUAUCUUUGAAAUCAGCGUGAAAGAUUACAUCUAGUGAGCCUAGUCUCAUCCAGAAGUCCCAGACCAUUUCCUAGUUGGACUCUUUUCUGUGUUAGCCUUUUUAUACCAAAUCUUCAUGAAUGUUCCCAGAUUAAAUUCGUAAAAAUUCAGGUUUAUAUGGCCCCGUCGCCGGAUUUCUGCGAAGCCGAUCCUUCUCGCGGCAUUCUCGGAACUCGCGGUCGACAGUGCUCGUUGUCGCAAAACGCCAUCGACGAUUGUCAGAUUGUGAGUACACUUUUGAACUCACCAAUUAGUUAUAUUUCUGAUUCAUUCUUGAAGGUUUUAGUUUGAGAAAAGUUUAAAAGCCACGUUUUUUCUGCAAGAUUCCGUUUGGUUGAAAAAAUUUCCGUGAGUUAUAACGGAAAUAAACUUUUUUAUUAAGAAGUUUCUACUGAAUGUCGAAAAAUAAGAUUGAAUGAAAUUUUUUUUAAGAUUUUUUUAAAAAAAUCGAGAAUUUCAAUCAAGAAAAAUAUUUGAAAAAAAUAGUUGAGAUUCAAAAGGUAGUUUUUUUGUUCCUGACAAGGAAAACCAUCUUGCGAUUGAUAAAUUUCUGAAAGUUGGUCAGAGUACUUCUUGAUGUAACAGAUGAAGACCCGGAAAGACUCUUUACUCGUAUAACUUCCAGGUUUUCAAGAAAAGACGUCUCAAAUUCAAAAAAAUCUUCUAUAUCCGUUUAAAUGUGCUGUUUUGGAACUUUGGGCUCUUAUUUCUCGAAAGCUAGGAAGUUCUGUUGAUGGAGACUAAUUUGAUACAUCAAGUUGUACUCUGACAAACUUCCAGAAAGUUCUAACCUUCCUUGUAAAUCCGUUUUUUUCCAGCUUUGCUGCGGCCGAGGCUUCGAAAAGAAAGUGGAGCUGGUGGACGACAUGUGCAACUGUAAGUUCCACUAUUGCUGUCGCGUCGAUUGCACUCCUUGCAAAAAACGAACAGAAACCUAUUUUUGCUUGUGA